AUGGUUAAGGAGAAUCACGUUGAGAAGGUUACGAUCCUCGGAUCUGACACAAUCCAUGUGGGCUACAAAAUUCAAGACAAAAUUUGUCAGGAGAUUGUCGGCACUUUGAAAUCUUCGACAUAUGUAAUUGUCACAGAUACCAACUUAGAAAAAUGCGGCCACCUAGAUACUUACAAGGCUGCAUUUCUCAAAACAAUCGCUAAAGUCAGACCCAAUUCAAGACUCUUGACUUAUGUCAUUUCACCCGGUGAAGCAAAUAAAAACAGAGUCACAAAGGCGGCUGUUGAAGAUUACCUUCUAUCCCAAGGAUGUACCAGAGAUACCGUUAUUGUGGCCAUGGGUGGUGGUAUCAUUGGUGAUAUGAUUGGUUAUGUUGCUGCUACUUUUAUGAGAGGUGUCAGAGUUGUUCAGAUUCCUACCACAUUAUUGGCUAUGGUUGAUUCAUCAAUCGGUGGUAAAACUGCCAUUGACACUCCAUUGGGAAAAAAUUUCAUUGGGGCAUUCUGGCAACCCCAAUAUGUCUUGGUCGAUAUAGCCUUCCUUGCCACUUUGCCAGUGAGAGAAUUCAUCAACGGUAUGGCUGAAGUCAUUAAAACCGCUGCCAUAUGGAAUGAGAAGGAGUUUGAUAGAUUAGAGUCAUACACAGAAUUAUUUUUGCAGGUGAUAAAUAACAGAGGCAAAGAUGGUGCUGUUGACUUGUCUCCAAUCCUAGAUCACAUUUUCAAGCUAGUUCUAGAAUCCAUAAAAGUUAAGGCUGAAGUUGUCACCUUAGAUGAAAGAGAAGGAGGAUUAAGAAAUUUGCUUAAUUUCGGACACUCAAUAGGUCAUGCAUAUGAAGCAAUUUUGACGCCACAGGUGUUGCAUGGUGAGUGUGUUGCCAUCGGAUCAAUCAAAGAAGCAGAGUUGAGUAGGUACUUGGGUAUUUUACCUCCAGUAGCUGUGUCGAGAUUGAAGAAAUGCUUCGAGGGCUACGGUUUACCUAUUUCUCUUCAUGAUAAGGUUGUUCAAAGCAGAGCUAAUGGAAAGGUAUGUCCAGUGGAUGUGCUAUUGAAGAAAAUGGCAAUUGAUAAGAAAAAUGAUGGUGCUAAGAAGAAGGUCGUUUUGCUAAAAAAAAUUGGUGAAUGCUAUGAACCAUCUGCUUCUUAUGUUGAUGAUUCCGACUUGAGAGUCAUUUUGACUGAGGAUAUCAAAGUUUAUCCCUUCUCUACAAGCCAAAAAGAAAUUGUCGUGACUCCUCCAGGUUCUAAAUCAAUUUCUAACAGGGCUUUGAUUUUGGCAGCUCUUGGUAAAGGAGAAUGUAGAUUGAAGAAUUUGCUUCAUUCAGAUGACACACAGCACAUGCUUGCUGCAGUUUCAGCUCUCAAGGGGGCGGAAAUUUCUUGGGAAGAUAAUGGGGAAACUGUUGUUUUGAAUGGGAAUGGAGGGAAAUUAGUCACAACUGAUGAAGAGAUUUACUUGGGUAAUGCUGGUACAGCAUCAAGAUUUUUGACAACUAUUGCAUGCUUAGUUGAUGUACGUGGAGACUUAGACACCAUUUCCCUUACUGGAAAUAAAAGAAUGCAAGAAAGACCUAACGGGCCUCUAAUUGAUGCGCUAAGGGAGAAUGGUUCAGACAUUAAGUGCUUGAACAAAGAAGGUUCGCUGCCUAUCAUUGUUAAGUGUGGUAAGGGCCUAAAGGGCGGUAGAAUUGAAUUGGGAGCCACGGUUUCAUCUCAAUAUGUUUCUUCUAUUCUUUUGGCUGCUCCUUACGCUCAAAAUCCUGUUACUUUGGCCUUGGUUGGGGGUAAGCCAAUCUCACAACUAUAUAUUGACAUGACAAUCAGAAUGAUGGCUGCGUUUGGGGUUAACGUUGUCAAGUCUAAAACUGAAGAGUACACUUAUGAGAUUCCAACCGGCCACUAUGUUAACCCACCUGAAUAUGUUAUUGAGUCUGAUGCUUCUUCCGCAACUUAUCCAUUGGCUUUUGCGGCAAUGACGGGAUCAAAAUGUACAAUCCCGAACAUUGGAUCUGGCUCAUUACAAGGUGAUGCACGUUUUGCUGUUGAUGUUUUAAAGCCAAUGGGCUGCUUUGUUACACAAUCUGAAACUAGUACAACGGUACAAGGACCUGAGGUUGGCACGUUGAAACCUCUGAAGCAUGUGGAUAUGGAACCUAUGACAGAUGCAUUUUUGACUGCAACUGUUGUAGCUGCAAUUGCUAAUGAUCCUGAAAACUACACUUCAAUUACUGGUAUUGCAAAUCAAAGAGUGAAGGAGUGUAAUCGAAUUGAAGCAAUGAGGGUUCAGCUUGCAAAAUUCGGUGUUGUCGCAACUGAGCUAGACGACGGUAUCGUUGUUCAUGGUAUCGAUUACAAAAAGUUAAAAGCGCCUGAAGAGCCAGGAGUUUUUAGUUAUGAUGAUCAUAGAGUUGCCAUGAGCUUCUCUCUACUAGCUGGUCUUGUUCAAGAUGGUCCAGUUAUAAUUCAAGAAAGACACUGUACCUCAAAAACUUGGCCAGGCUGGUGGGAUAUCUUACACACCCAACUCAACGCUAAACUGGAUGGUUACGAGCCGGCUUCAUAUGCAAAUUCUAACGCAAAAAAUUCAACACCUUCAAAAAAUGGGAGUAAAAGUAUAAUCUUAGUUGGUAUGAGGGCUGCCGGAAAAAGUACAAUGUCUGACGUGAUUUCAUCUACAACUGGGUUCUCAAUCUUGGAUGUCGACCAGUACUUUGAAAAGAAGGUCAACAGAACUAUCAAAGAAUUUGUUGAGCAAAAUUCAUGGGAAAAGUUUAGAGAAAAGGAACUUGAAACUAUUAAGGAAAUAUUGAAGAAAUAUCCAAACAACCACGUUAUAUCUACAGGUGGUGGAAUAGUUGAAAUACCCCAAGCAAGAGAUCUUUUAAUUGACUACAAAAAGAAAGGGGGUAUUGUUUUACAUUUGCAUAGAGAUGUCAUGGAAAUGAUAAACUUUUUGAAGGAAAAAGAUACCAAUAGACCUGCCUAUGGUGAAGAAAUCUUAGAAGUAUGGAAAAGAAGAAAACCAUGGUAUGAAAUUUGCUCGAGUAACUUCUUUUUUAUGCCACAUUGCAGCAACGAUGAAGAGCUCACUCGUUUGAAAAAUACGAUGAGCUCAUUUGUCAGUGAAAUUAUAGGUAAUCCAGCUGAAAUUCCUACCAAAAGGUCAUACUUUGUUUGUUUGACAUACCCAGAUUUGAAAGCUAGCGAUGCUCUUGAAAACAUUACCAAGAUCACUACCGGCUGUGAUGCCGUCGAAUUACGUGUGGAUCUUUUGAAGUCAUAUGAUCUAGGUUUUGUGGCUGAACAGAUUGGUUUGCUGAGAAAUCACACUGCAGUUCCGAUCAUCUUCACUGUUAGAACCAAAUCACAAGGUGGUGCUUUCCCCGAUGAUGAUUUUGACACGAUCGCAGAUUUGACCAGCCUUGCUUUCAAAAUGGGUGUUGCAUAUGUUGACAUGGAAUUAUCAUUACCAGAAGGAUUAUUUGCCACUUUGAUUUCCAAAAGAGGAUUUACCAAAGUAAUUGGCUCUCACCAUGAUUUUUCAGGUGUGUUCAAGUGGGACAAUGCUGAAUGGGAAAACAAGUAUCAGUUCGCAGUCAGCUCCAAAGUCGAUAUUGUGAAAUUUGUUGGCACUGCACUAGAUUUCAGUGACAAUUUCCUAUUAGAAAACUUCAGACAUCAACACAAGAACAAGCCGUUGAUUGCAAUAAACAUGCGUAGACUUGGCCAGUUAUCUAGAAUUGUCAAUCCGUUACUUACCCCAGUUACUCAUCUCCUACUUCCUAACUCUGCCGCACCGGGUCAAUUAAGUAUUCAACAAAUCAAUGAAUCUUUAACCUUGAUUGGUGAGUUGCAACCGAAAAAAUUUUACGUCGUUGGAACCCCUAUCUCCCAUUCAAGAUCUCCUGUUCUACAUCAAGCGGGUUAUGAUGCUCUUGGCUUACCCCAUAGUUUCAACCGCUUUGAGACUGGUGACGCGAGUAAAGUUUACAAUGAGAUUGUCAAGGAUGAUAAUUUCGGCGGAUGUGCAAUCACUAUUCCAUUGAAGUUAGAUAUGAUCAAAUAUGCUACAGAAUUGAGUGACUCCGCUAAAGUUAUUGGUGCAAUCAAUACGUUCUACCCUAUAGGUGAAAACAAGUACUAUGCUACAAAUACCGACUGGAUAGGAAUUACCGAGUCUUUCAGAAGACAUGGAAUUACCACCAAGACGCAAAAUGCUUUAAUUAUUGGAGGAGGCGGUACUUCCAGAGCCGCGGUAUAUGCAUUCAAACAGUUGGGUUGUGAAAAUAUAUACAUGCUGAACAGAACUCCCGAAAAGUUGAAAGAAAUAAAGAGUUCUUUCCCAGAAGAGUACAAUAUUACCGUUUUGGAAAACCUGGAUGAAAUUUCAAUGGUCAAGGAGCUUGACCUGAUCGUUUCAACCGUUCCGGCAAAUGUUGACUUUGAUGAAGCAUUCAUUUCCAAAAUUGAAGCUUUAUUGGCUAAGAGACCUCCAACAGGGGGACUUUUUCUUGAAGCCGCAUACAAGCCAUUGGUCACUCCUCUCAUGCGUUUAGCAGCUGAUGAAUACAAGUGGGCAGUCAUCCCUGGUAGAGAGAUGUUGGUUAACCAAGGUAUCCAGCAGUUUAAAGAAUUUUGUGGUAUUGAACCGCCAUAUGAAGAAGUUUUUGAGGCUGUUGUUUCAGAAGGAGAAUAUGACAAAUCGGAAACAGAGAGAUUAAUUGCAGAGUUGUCAAAGGUUGAAGACAGUAUUACUGAAUGGUUUCCAAACAUUAAUGGAUGGGAAAUUGAGGAGGUUCAACGAAGUUUGGGAUGUGUACGAGCAAAGCUUGCCUCUAACUGGUCAGUGCAACGGACAAAUCGAUUUUUUCGUAGUGUGGAGAGGGAAGUUGGGGAAAGAAUAUUUCGAGGGAAGAAAGCUUUCAAUGGGCGGCGCCGAAAAACGGAAGAAUCUGGAUUAGAAAAUGUUGAAGGAAUAAAAGAAGGAAAUGAUUUGGAGCUUGGAUUGGGAUUGCAUAGACUCAUCGAUCUUGCAAACAGGGUUUACGGAGUUAGUAAUUGGAUGAGCCAGGUCGGAGAGAGUAAACUCGAGAAAUAUGAAGUUAUUAGUUCAGAAGAAGGGGAGCAGGUCAAGUGUAAUGUUAUGAUUCGAACAACUGUAAAGCUCUCACUAGCUGAUAACACAGUUGUUGAAAAAUUUGGAUUUGGAUACAGUAGCAACCUACCUCGGGAAAUGGCGUUCAGGAAGUGCAAGAAGGAAAGUGUUAGCGAUGGACUAAAAAGCUGCUUUGGUGGGCUAGUUGCUUUACUUAUUGACUACGAAGAGAAAGUUCGUAGUGGAUACUAUAGAAAAUAUACAUAG